UUUCCCUUACUAUAUCAACGACUUAAAAAAAUAUAAUGCAGAAGAUAGUCAAAAUGAUGAUUUAUUCAAGAUAGACCAAAUUGCUAAAAAUGAAAAUGGUGCCACGGCCGGAAAUGUUGAAAUUUCUCGACCAACUAAAAAAGAAGGAAUUCUCUCUAACAAAAAAGAAAUUCUAAUUGAGGCUGACCAAAAGGAAAACAAAAUUACCGAACACUUUUCCCAAGAUUCUGGAGCUCGAGCUAGCGAUGAAAGUUUGACCCAAAUCUUCGGGAUGCGUGAAGGAUUAACACCUUUCGAAUUCUUUAUCUCAGUUUAUGGAGCUGUGAAAGGAAUGAUUGAUAUUGCCUUGAAAACUGCCGAAGCUGGUUAUCUAACUCGGCGUUUAGUGGAAUCUACCCAAAACCUGGCGAUAAUUUCCCCCGAUUGCGAAAUAAAUACUGGCACGCUUUUUGUGGAAAGUGGUCUGCCACUCAGCAAAAGAGUUUACGGUCGUUAUUUAGCCCAAGAUAUAUCCGACAAGGAAGAAAAAACUAUUUUAACUCGCAAUACCCUCCUACUAGAAAAAGAAAUAAAAAUUAUUCAAGAAAAAGGAAUCACGGAGAAAUGCUAUGGCUUAGAUUUAAGUAAACCGGGAGAAGCAAUUGCCUUGGGAACCGCCGUGGGAGUAAUUGCGGCUCAAUCCUUAGGAGAACCAGGAACUCAGUUGACUAUGCGAACUUUCCACAGUGGAGGAAUUGCCGGCGAUGAAGACAUUACCCAAGGUCUACCAAAAGUCAAGCAAAUUUUUGAUAACAUUAAGCCCGACAAGGAAGAAAAAACUAUUUUGGCUAAGACCAAUGGAAAGAUAAUUAGUAUUGAAGAAAAAAUAAUUAAGCAAAAAAGCGAGGAGGGGAAAGAAAUUAUUUAUCCGCUCGGUAAGAAAAAGAAGGUGCGAGUCAGUCAAGGAGACCUAGUAAAAAAGGGUGAAAGACUUACGGGUGGAAAAGUAGAUUUGGAAGAAUUCCUUGAAAUUGUGGGACGAAAUAAUUGUCAGGAAUAUAUUAAAGAGGAAGUAAGGAAAGUAUAUGAAAACCAGGGAAUAGAGGUUAAUGAGAAACACAUUGAAAUCUUUGCUCGACAAAUGCUCUCCAAGGUAGAAAUAACCAAUAGUGGAGAUAGCAACUAUUUAGUGGGCGAUUUAGUAAAUUAUCACGAACUAGAAAAAAAUAAUCAAAAGUUAUUGGUCAACAAAAAACAACCAGCUUCUUUCAAAAAUAUCAUUUCUAGCCUAAAAGAUUUAGCAUCUCAUCCAGAUUCUUUCUUAGCCGGAAUUUCUUUCCAAAACACCUUAAAGAGUUUAGUUAAUUAUUCUUUAUAUCAACCAGUUGAUUACUUACGAGGAUGCAAAGAGAACUUAAUUGCUGGUCAAUUAAUACCAGUUGGAACUGGUUUUAAGGAACGAGAAAAAUUUCGACGAAAAAGCACUCGGGAAACAUAA